CGGGUCUUUAUCGGGAUAUGUGUUGUCGUCACCCAUUCUCAGCCAUCUUGUUGAAACGGAGAGAGCCACACACCUCGAAUAUAAACCCUGUGCUGUCAGUAAAAGCAGAGAAGUUCUAGAAAGAAUGGCAGAAACUCAGACACUCAACUUCGGACCAGAAUGGCUCCGGGCCCUGUCUGGGGGUGGCCAUGGGGGUGGUAGCAGCAGUAGCGUUGCCACCUCACCACCACUCUCUCCUGCAUUGCCAAAGUAUAAACUUGCGGACUACCGCUACGGGAGAGAAGAAAUGCUAGCACUUUAUGUCAAGGAUAGGGAGAUCCCUGUAGACUUACAUGAUAAGGAUUUUCUGCCCAUUUUACAAGAGGAGCCCCUGCCACCGCUGGCACUUGUAGCUUUUACAGAGGAAGAGCAGAGAAAUUUCUCCAUGUCUGUAAACAGUGCAGCAGUGCUCAGGCUGAUGGGAAGAGGAGGAGGCCCGGUGGGGCCAGGGGCACCGAGGGGUCGAAGCACUUCACGGGGAAGAGGACGGGGUAGAGGAGAUGGAGGGUUUUACCAAAGAAGUUUUGAUGACGUGGAGGGAGGCUUUGGCCGCGGAGGAAGGGAGAUGCACCGCUCCCAGAGCUGGGAGGAGAGUCACGCUGAGUCUAUUUUCUCCCCAUCUAGGGGAGACAGAAGGUUUGAAAAGCCAGGUCGAAAAGAGUCAGAAGUUGCUCCUGCCCACUUUCCGAUGAAUCAUAUCCGUGCUAACUACGAGGAUGUUGGGACCGGCGUGGGAGGCCUGCCUGUGAGGAAGCACGAUUUUACACGUUCGGAGAGCGAGAACUGGCGCACGUCCCGCGACGAAGCAAAUGGUGAGGACGGUGACGAGGGGGGCUGGCGCCUGGCGGGUGCCUCGCGACGCGACAGUGACCGGUGGUGCCCCCCGAGUCCAGACGGGCUGCGGUCGGCAGUGCGGCGAGAGGUGCACCCGGGGGAGCAGCCACGGCAGCGCCGGUUCCCGUUCGACGCCAGAGAGGACGAGCGCGGCUACAGGCGUCCCCGGUCAGGCAGUGGCAGCCUGGAGGAGGAUGGGAGCAGCCUGCCAGAGUGGUGCUUGGAGGACGCUGAGGAGGAGACGGGCACCUUCGAUUCGUCCGGAGCCUUCCUCUCGCUCAAGAAAGCUCCCAAGGAGCCCAUCCUGGAGGAGGCAGAGCUGGACUUCAGACCCCUGGAGGAGUGUGACGAGGGCCUUGAGGAGGACGGACAGCCCCGAGAGACCAAAAACCCAGACAGAGAGGCAAGAAGAGACCCCGACAGAAAACAGGAUGUGGGGAGAGGGGUAGUAGAGGCGCCGCCUGCUCCCUCGCCUCCAGAACCCCAGCCCUCCGCCCCUCUGCUGCCCCCCAGCCAGCCUGACAGAGCAGAGGAGCCUGAGAGGCCACUUGAGCGACCCCCAGCCCCGGAACACAGGCCAGAGGCCAACAAAGUCCCCCUGAAUGUCCCCAUGUCGAUGCCCAUGUCCAACACAAUGCUGGACUCCCUCCCCAUCCCCCACACCGCAGCACACACUCUCACAGUGUCUCCAGUGUCGGCCCCGUCGUCCACCAUACAGAUGCAGCAGAAGCCCCCGGACGUGCCCGUGGCUAUGCCCAUCCCGCUGCCCUUCAGCACCAGCCUCAUGGCUCAGAGCACGUCUAUCAUGACCCCCAACAUUAUGGCCCCUAGCACGGGCCUCAUGGCUCCUAUUGGAAGGCCCACGGUCAUGCCGCCACACCACACCAUGGUUGAAGAUGAGAGACUGAAGCACUUUGAACAGGAAGCAGAGAAGAUGGUGGCGUAUCUACAGGACAGUAACGACCGGCUGGCUGCCAAGAACUCAGCACCCGAACCAGCCGGCCUGCCGCUCACACACGAGGCUGCUCUGAAGUGGUUCUAUAAAGACCCCCAGGGAGAGAUGCAGGGUCCGUUCAGUAACCCGGAGAUGACAGAGUGGUUCCAGGCAGGCUACUUCACAAUGACCCUGCUGGUGAAGAGAGGCUGUGACGAGGUCUUCCAACCGCUGGGGGAGAUCAUCAAAAUGUGGGGCAGGGUGCCCUUCGCCCCUGGACCAGCACCGCCACCCUUACUGGGUGACGCUGGGGACCAGGAGCGUCUGAAACUGCAGCAGGAGCUGACUGCCCUCAACCUGUACCAGCUGCAGCAGCUGCAGUACCAGUACCUGUUGAGGCAGCAGUACGCCCAGGCCCUGGCCCAGCAGAAAGCCCAGGCCCUCAGCUCAGCACCACACCAGCAGCAGCAGCAGCAGCAGCAGCAGAUCAACCUGCUCCUCCAGCAAUACCAGGCCCUCAAGAUGAGGUCAGCGGAACACACAACAUCCGAGAGUCUCUUAACUCCGGUGACGCGGUCCAUGUCUGUACCAGACUCCCAGGGUUCUGUGUGGGAAAUGCAGCACCCCUCCUCUCAGGUCUCUUGCACACCAAACAUCCAGCAACCUGCCCCAAGUGCGUGGGAGGGCAGCAGUGUGUGGGAUCUGCCCAUAGACUCCAUGGCCCAGGCCCCCACCAUAGAACAGAUGCAACAGCUGGAGAAGAACAAGGCUGCUAAGGUCUCUCCUCCUCAUCUACUGGAGAUGGAGCGGCGUGAGGCUGAGCUGAGGGCCAAGAGGGAAGAGGAGGAGAAGGAGAGGAAAAGACUGGAGGAAGCGUUACGGUCCCGACAGGAGGCGGAACGCAAACGCCUGGAGGAGGAGCUAUCACGUCAUAAACAGGAGGAGGAGUUGAGGCAGCGGGAGCAGGAGGAGGCACAGCGCAGACAGAAGGAGGAAGAGGAACGGCAGGCACAGGAGGAGGCUCUCCGCAGACUAGAGGAAAGGAGGAGGGAGGAGGAAGAGCGGCAGCAAAGGGAAGAGUUCCUCCGUAAACAGGAGGAGGAGCACCGGAAGCAGGAGGAGGAGCGCCGGGAGGAGGAGCGCCGGAAGCAGGAGGAGGAGCGCCGGAAGCAGGAGGAAGAGCGCCGGAAGCAGGAGGAGCUGGAGGCCCUGAGGAGGUGCGAGGAGGAGAAGCGGCUGGAGGAGGAGGCGGUGGCGGCCGCGAUGGCGUUGGCAAGGCAACAGCAGGAAGAGGCGAAGAGGAGGGAGCAGGAGGCCGCGAGGCAGCAGGAGCUAGCCAGACAGAGGCAACAGCAGCAGGAGGCGCUCCGCCGACUACAGCAGCAACAGCAGCAGCAACAGCUAGCCCAGAUGAAGCUGCCGUCGUCCUCAAAGUGGGGCCAGCAGUCAGCAGUCACGGCAGCAGCCAUCUCCCAGUCCCAGAACGCCUUGUCGCUCUCUGAGAUCCAGAAAGUGGAGGAGGAGAGGGAACGACAAGCACGAGAAGAGCAGCGGCGCCAGCAAGCAGAGCUCCUAAAGCUCCAGCAGCAGCAGGCCCUGCAGGAGGCCCUGCAGCCUCAGGCCAAGCUCUCUGGUUGGGGCAGCGUGGCCAAGCAGCCGGCCGCUACCAAGUCCCUGCUGGAGAUCCAGAGGGAGGAGGCCCAGCAGGUGAAGCAGAGGAAAGAGCAGGGGGGUGGGAGCCAGCAGCCCAGUCACCCCACCGUCACCCAGUCGAACCGCGCCCAGAACAGAGCUACCACUGCUCUGAGUUCCUCAGUGUGGGGCUCGGUGGCCACCAGCAGCAUGGGCGGCGGAGCUCCUAACUGGGGUGGAGAAAGCAGCAGCAUCUGGGGCGACAGCACCAACUCCAACAUGGGCUUCUGGGACGAGACGGCCCAGCCCCCGCCACAGGCCCCACCCCCCGCCAGGAAGCCCAACGCUCAGAAGAACAACAAGGCCAACGCCAACCUCAGCAGUCGGGCCAAUAAGAAGGUGGUGGAGGAGGAGGAGAAGCUGCUGAAGUUGUUCCAGGGGGUUAAUAAGAGCCAGCAGGAUGGCUUCAUGCAGUGGUGUGAGCAGACCCUGCACACCCUCAACACCGCCAACAACCUGGAUGUCCCGACAUUUGCGUCUUUCCUGAAGGAGGUGGACAGUCCGUACGAGGUGCACGACUACGUGCGCGCCUACUUAGGGGACACGUCUGAGGCUAAGGAGUUUGCCAAGCAGUUCCUGGAACGCCGUGCCAAGCAGAAGGCCAACCAACAGAAAGAGCCCCAGGCCCCACAGAACCAGCAGCCGACUCUCAAACAGCGACAGCAACAGCAGGAUUCAGUGUGGGGCGUGAGCGGGACGGGCUCUCCGUCUCGGUACCAGUCGAACCACACCAGCCUCCAGCAGCAGGCACGUUUCGAGACAGUCACCUCAGGGAAGAAGAAGAAAAAGCAGAAGAUGGUCCGGGCAGACCCCAGCCUGCUAGGUUUUUCUGUGAACGCAGCGUCUGAGAGGUUGAAUAUGGGCGAGAUAGAGACGGUGGAGGACUUUUAAAGGGACUGCUCUGCCGCCACUGACUCGAUCCGUUUUGAACAGCUGUCAUUUUCCCCGCCCACACGUCCCGUCCCAAUCCUUUUUACUUUUACUUACAUCCUCUUUCUGUUCUCUUUAAGUUAAUUUAAUGUUUGUCAUUGGAAGCUGGGGAUGCUUUCCAGUGCCAAAGGACCCCCACCCCAAAAACAUCCCUAAUGAGUAUUUUGCCCUAUGGGAGACCGGGAGAAGGCUAAUGACGCAGCCAGACAAUCAAACGGAACAUUCACGCAAUGAAACAUUGAACGAACUGACCAAAAAAAAUCUAUGAAUUGAAAUAUGACUUCUCUCGGAGAAGAGAGCAGAGCUAAGGGGAUGAGGAGUAUGUGGAUGUCUCUCCCCGUCUAUGGUUGGCUGUUCAGUUCCCUCCUAGUCUCUGGUGUCUGAAAGUACCCAAAAAGAGAGGCCAUUUCCUGAUGCAAUCAUCUCCCCAUGGAAUUAUUUUACGCGUGGACAUAAGGGUGGGGAUGCGGGGGAAUUUUCAAUGAAAAAAAUGGUCAUUUAAACCUUUUUUAUUUUAUUUUUUAAUUUAUUGAAAGUUUUUCCUCCCCCUUCCAUGUUGUUAAAUCUUCUCUCCUCACUCCUAUUUUCUGCCAGUUGCUUGUGGAUGAUUGUUGCAUUGUAGGAGCUAAGGAAGUGUGCCCGCUGAUGUCCUGUUUUAAGGACAUGCUCGAAAGUUCCAAGUAGUUAUCCAUUUCUUGUAAAAUACUAGGCUGUUUAAAGAAUAAACUUUCAAUUCUGCAUCUGUAUUAUAAUAUAUGAAAAUGAUGAACUACUGGAGUCAUACUUUUCUAUUGCGGUAUGAAAUAAAACAGUCUCUUGUGUGGGCUGUUCACACUUC